UGUGUGUGUGUGUGUGUGUAUGUAUGUAUUUGUAUGUGUGUGAUCCAGACGUGUUCCGAUCCAUAUGUCAAACCCAAACCCCCUUUCAAGCUGAUCUGAUCCAAACGCAGUGCAUCGGACUGGGGUCGGACGGAACCGAGUGGAGGAAUGCCUACCGAUGCUCUCGUGUUGGCAGUAAUGGGGAUUCAGCAGGCACCAGUGGGAAGCAGGAUUUGCACCCAGCUCUGGGGUGGCCCGCACUGGGUGUGUGUGGAUGUUGUGGUCCUCUGCGGCCACGCUACAAGCGUCUAGUGGAUAACAUUUUCCCAGAGGACCCCAAGGAUGGACUGGUGAAAUCCGAUAUGGAAAAGCUGACUUUUUAUGCAGUGUCAGCACCAGAGAAGCUGGACCGUAUCGGAGCGUACCUGGCCGAACGCCUCAGCAGAGAUGUGGUACGACAUCGCUACGGGUACGUGGUAAUAGCGAUGGAGGCGUUGGAUCAGUUGUUGAUGGCGUGUCAUUCCCAGAGUAUCAAGCCGUUUGUGGAGAGCUUCUUACACAUGGUAGCCAAACUGCUGGAAUCCAGAGAACCCGAUUUACAAGUGCUGGGAACCAACUCUUUUGUGAAGUUUGCAAACAUUGAGGAGGAUACGCCAUCUUACCAUCGCAGAUAUGACUUUUUCGUCUCUCAGUUCAGUGCCAUGUGUCACUCCACACACGAGGACCCCGAAACUCGCAACAGGAUCCGUGUAGCAGGCAUUAAGGGUCUCCAGGGUGUCGUCAGAAAGACUGUGAAUGAUGAACUCCAGGCAAUCAUCUGGGAACCUCAACACAUGGAUAAACUCAUCCCCUCCAUGCUGUUCAACAUGCAAGAUAAUGAGGACUUCGAGAGGACUGGAGAGGAAAAUCCGGCUUCACUGGCGGAGAGUUGCUUUCGAGAGUUGCUGGGUCGCGCUGCUUACGGCAACAUGAACAACGCCGUGCACCCUGUACUGGUGCAUUUAGACAACCAUCGUCUGUGGGACCCGAAUGAUUUUGCUGUUUCCUGUUUCAGGAUAAUCAUGUACUCAAUACAGGCCCAGCAUUCUCACCAUGUGAUCCAGCAAGUGUUGUCUCACCUUGACACCCACAGUAAGAACACCCCACGUGUGAGGGCAGGUAUCGUUCAGGUGCUGCUGGAGACGGUUGCCAUAGCAGCCAAGGGCUCCAUCGGUCAUAUUGCACAUAAUCAAAACAAUGCUUACACGUUUCUCAGUCCUGUCUCUUCACUACCCAGUCUGUGGUUGGGUCCCACGGUCCUGGAGGUGUUUAACACCCUGCUAAAGCAUCUGCGUAUGAGUGUGGAUUUUGAGCUGGGCGACGGUUCCCGCAGGAACUCCGCGAGCAGCCUUUCCUCCACCCGCACCAAAGAGAGCGAGGAGCGGAUCGUCCAGAAUGCCAUCAUCCAAACCAUCGGUUUCUUUGGAGGAAAUCUUCCUGAUUAUCAGAGAGCUGAAGUGAUGAUGUUCGUUAUGGGGAAAGUUCCUGUUUACGGCACGCCGUGUCACACGCUGGACACCGUCAAGAUCGGGCAUCAGGGCACUAAGAGAAUCCAGGCAAUGCUGUUAAGUUCUCUCAUUAUGGUUACGUCAGGGUUUAAGUGUAAAACGAUUUGUGCUGGCCUGCCCAUGGCGUUUCUGGAGCCGUUAUGCUCUAUCUCUUUGAUGGAAGACAGUGAACUCCGGCUGCUCGUCUUGGAGAUUCUGCACAACAUCAUUGAUCGCCAUGACAACAGAGCCAAACUCAGAGGGAUCCGGAUUAUUCCUAAUGUAGCCGCUCUGAAGAUCAAGAGAGAAAAAAUCUCCAAACAGGAUGUGGUCUUCAUGAAAAAGCAUGGGCAGCAGCUAUACAGACACAUCUAUCUGGGCUGUAAGGAGGAAGAUAAUGUGCAGAAGAACUUUGAGCUGCUUUUCACAGCUCUGGCAUUGAUCACUAUUGAACUUGCCAAUGAGGAGGUGGUGAUUGAUCUCAUACGCCUGUCCAUCGCCCUGCAGGAUAUGGCCCUGGCCAAUGAGGAGAACAUGCCAAUGUUUAUUCGCUGUGGAAUCAUGGCAUUGGUCGCCGCAUACCUCAACUUCCUCAGUCAGAUGAUUGCAAAUCCCCCUUUCUGCCAACACGUCAGCAAGGUGAUUGAGAUGAGAAAUCUAGAUGCUCCGCACCUUCUGCCUGAACACGUCUUCAGAGAGAAGUGUGUGCUCCCAGACAAUUUAGACCGGGACGACGUUGGUUUGUAUUUUCAGACGGCUGAUCUGGCAGAAGCUCUGUCUGUACCUGGAUAUAACGUAGAGAGACUAGCUGUUCCGUACAUACCGCAGGUUACAGAUGAAGAUCAACUGCCCCGUAGGAAGAGUUUUGUCGACACUAUUUCUCUCCAAGUUGACAUCCUUUCCAACAGCUUGCCUGAUCAGUCUCAGCUUGCAGAGGAGAUCACGUUUGAGACCCUGAAGAAGGCCAUCGAUACCACAGGUCUGGAGGAACAGGAGAGGGAGAGGAGACGGCAAGUGAUGGAGAAGUUCCAGAAGGCUCCGUUUGAAGAGAUUGCCGCCCACUGCGAGUCCAAGGCCAACAUGCUGCACGAUCGCUUGGCUCAGGUAUUUGAACUCACCAUUCGCCCUCCCCCGAGCCCAUCGGGCACCGUGACGGUGACGUCAGGCCACGCCCAAUACCAGUCUGUGCCAGUCUACGAAAUGAAGUUCCCUGACCUCUGUGUGUACUGAACCAUGACCUUUCACCUUAACUCUAUCACACAGACUCAACCUUGACAUGUGACCACUGACCUUUAUCACACUUUAUGUUUGGUCCUAUGACCUUAAACUCACCUGAGCCACUCAUCUUCAUUAGACACAUUUCACUAUGAACGUCACUUACAUUCCUGUCCAGCAGAAAGAAGGGGUGCAGACUGGAUGGCCACUUCAUGCCUCUAUUCUACACCAGUCAGCACGCAGAGCUUUAUGACCAGCUGUCCAGUCAUACACCAGCUCUGUAGAAUCAUGUGAAUCGUAUGUGUGUGGUUUUCACUUUGAUUCUUGCACUAAAUGGCAGCUCCAAGAAUCAAGCUGAGUAUUUUAAACACUUGAUUCUUCAGCUUCUUAAUCUAUUGAUUCAAAGGAGUCAUUUAGAAAAUGACUCACUCUGGAUUUAUUAAGGGAACUUAAUUGCUAGCAUUAGCUUAAGUGCUAGUUUAUGUUCAUUGACUCAUUUCUAAACCAUCAUCAGCAGAGAUUUGAACAUACGAUAGAUUUCUGUUCACUUAAAUCUCUCCUAUAUAAAUGAUUAUAGUGUACAGUAUCGCACAGUAUAGUAUAGGCUAUUUUUGACAAAUAUAUAUAUAUAUAUACUUUUAGAUGAAAUGAUUGCUAAUAGUUGCAGAGUGUUAUUUGUAUUGUUUGCAUGGCUUAGCCAAUGUUUCACUGCAAACGUUUGUGAGUUUAGGCCUUUAUUAAUCUACAAUUAGCCUUUAACUUCAAUGUUGUGGAUGUCAACGGGGCUUUUGUUCACCCAGAGUUCUUAGUGAUCACUAUGCUCUCCAUUUUGCCUUCACUGUAUAGAGAAACCAAAUCAUUUGCUUUUCAUCACCAAAGAGCUCCGCCCACGCACUUCCUUUAUGGCCACACACGGCCGCCAAUCAAAUCUUGAGCCAAUCAGAAACUGAAUUCUCUUUGAGGGCGGGAACACCACAGUGUUCUUAAACUCAAACCUCAGAACAGUUUCUAGAAAACCGGGGGCCGAAAAAUGAUGGAUUAUCAGUGAUAAAAUGAUCUGCAUUCAUCAACCAACUGUUUUUUUUAUCGAGCCACAAGGACGUUGAAAUGCUUUCCUGCUUUUCAGGUGACUUCAUUCAUCUACCUUGGACAAAAAAAAAAUGUGUGUGACUGUUAGAUGCUGAAAUACUUUGCUGGAAAUGUUUCACAUCAUCUGAGCUUCCUGUGGUGAGAGCUGUGAUCAAUUUCAGUUGCUUUUAGCUGGUAGAAACGUGUCUGUGCGGGACCAUUUAGGACAUUUUGGUUGAUUCUGAGGUGCUUUCCAUGGUUUCUGGGGGUUUGUUGUCAUGCGAUUGGCUUGUCUUUGUUUUCUGAAUGUAUUUAUGUGGAUGGAACGGCAAGUGGGCGAACGGGUGUUUAUUCUGCAGAUUUGUAUGCUGAUUAUGGAUUCUGUAAUGAUGAUGCAAUGCUGUUGCCAUUUUUUUGGCCUGAGAAAUGUUUCAAUGGUCCGACUGUUUGUGUCCAGAGACUUGCACUGCAUUGUGGGAUUUGUACACACAGAAGGUAAAGAAUGAAAGCAUUUAAAGGUCAAACCUCAGAGAUGGCUUGUUCUAAAUGCUCAAUAGGAUAAAUUUCUGUAUUUCUGUAGAAAUAUAAAAUAAAUAAUUUCUAGAUUAAUGUAAUAUAUUUUUGGUGUAAUAUAAAAUAGGAAUGUGUUGUUUCUCUGACACAUCAUCUGUAAUGCACCUUUAGAGAUUUGUCUGUGUGCAUGUCAAAGGGAUUCAAAGGGGUUGUGUUUACAUCAGUGAAGGGG